AUGGGUAUACACCUCGCUGAUGGGGCUGUUAAGUUAGAUCCAAGAAAAACAGGAGAAUAUGCUCUUGGUGUUGCAGCUAAGGUACGUAAUGGUUUAUUAAAUUCUUUAGCAGCACAUAAGAUUCCCGUCAUAAGUGCACGAGCAAAAGUAAUUGGUCCUGGUCAGCUCUCCCUCCAGCCAGCACCAGCAGCAGCAGGAGCAGCAGCAGCAGGAGCAGCAGCAGCAGCAGGAGCAGCAGCAGCAGGAAGUAUCCCCAAAGUAUUAUAUGCAAAGAAUAUAAUCUUAGCCCCUGGUUCUUAUCCGUUUGUCCCCCCGGGUAUAGAUAUACCGUCUCCUUCCCUUUCUCCUCCCCUACAGCAGCAGGAGCAGCAGGAGCAGCAGGAGCAGCAGGAGCAGCAGCAGAUAAUGACUAGCGAUACAGCAAUAGGCCUACCUGUAGUCCCCUCCUAUAUAGCUAUAAUAGGGUCAGGAUUUAUAGGGCUAGAAUUUGCAGAAAUAUUUUCAGCGGGUUUAGGUGUGGAGGUAUUAGGGGUAAAUCUAACAAAAGGAGGAUAUAUACCUGUAGAUAGUUGCAUGCGUGUCUUACGUGGUACCCCUAGCAGCAGGAGUCCCCGUGAGGCAUUUGACGGCCCCUCUGCUGCUGCUGCUGCUGCUGGUGGUGCUGCUGCUGCUGAUGGAGGAGAAGGAGAGGAAGGAGCAGUAGUAGAGGGUCUAUAUUGUAUAGGAGACGCUAAUGGUAUACUACAGCUAGCGCAUGCAGCAUCUGCACAAGCUGUUGCUGCUGUAGAUACAAUUGCAGGAAAAAAGAGACAAUUUAAUCCUCGUCUUAUUCCUGCUGCAUGCUUUACUAAUCCAGAGAUCGCAUUCGUUGGCUAUACGGAACCAGAGGCGAUAGAAUUAGGGCGUAAUAAUAUUCAUCAAUUAGCUUAUUAUACACAUACACAUCCAACACUUAGUGAAUCUAUAGAGGCUGCAUAUAAACAGGCAGCGGGGCUUUUCUCUCAUUAA